AUGAAGUAUCUUUGCCUCCACGGUGCCAUUGGCAAUAUCGAAAACAUCAGUAUCCAACUGUCCCCCUUGCAGAAGGAAUUGGAGACAGAUAAUGCCGCAUCAUUCGUCUACAUCAAUGCGCCAGUACCAAUAACCCCUCCAGAAGGCUUCGAUGAGUACUUUGGUGUCGGUCCGCAUUACCGGUGGGCCGACGACGGUGGUCAAGCUGCAGAUUCAAUGAUCAGUCGGGUUCGGACCAUUCCCGAUGGGCAAAACCCAGAGGACGUGAUGCGCGAACUGAAAGGUGAUCGCGACGUGGUCUGGAACAACUACGGCCAGGUGAUGGAGUACCUCGACACGGCGAUCGCCAACGACCCCGAUAUCCAUGGCAUCAUUGGUUACAGUGAAGGCGCCGCGAUGGCCUCGACCUAUAUUCUGGAUGAGGAAAGGCGGUUCAACGAGAGUGGGCGACCGCGUCGCAUCAAGUCCGCCAUGUUCAUCACCGGGUGGCCCCCGAUGAACCCGAAGGACGGUAUCCUCCUUGCGGACGAAUGCGACGUGAUGAUCGAUGUGCCUACUCUGCAUGUUGUGGGAGCCAACGAUCCAUUCCGUCAUGGCGCCUUCGCCUUGUACAAUGUCUGUGAUCCCGAUUCGGCGAUAUUCUUCGAUACGGGCAAAGGACACACCAUUCCACGCUCUGGAUUGGUGAUCCAGGAACUGGCCGACGCGGUCCGGGCCUUGGUCAAGAAGGGCAAUGGCGAGGAAGAGUAG